AUGACAACACUCGCAGAAAAUCCUACCCAUAUCGAGAAACUGGAGGCAAGAGAGGUCGCUGAAAAAUCUGCCACCUUUCAUGUGUUUCAGUGGCAUCAGGGACGGGACUUCGAGUUUUCAAAAGUCCAUGAUGUAACGGAUUUGCCCCUGCUGGGCAAUUGUGACUUGACAGUGAUCGCGGCACCCUUCGAUAGCCCCAGUACAAUCCCUGAUUUCCGAGUGCUGGUAGAACGGUAUGAAAUUCCAAGCGGAUUUGUGUUGGAGAGACUGCAAGGAGUGACGCACUCCUUUGGUGCGUCGCUAGCCAAAGACGGGUCGCAAACGGUAUGGAUGCAUUUCCUUUGCACGGCGUCUUCCCCCGAUGCCGAAAACGCAGAGUGGCUCAAGUCCGCGGCUGUCCUAAAAUGGUCAACAUCAACAGCCAAAAGUCAAAAACCCAAUAACCAAGAUGAAAAGCACGCGAAGGCUCCUGUUACUCUCAUAUGUUUUCGGCCGAUGGAGGGUAUCUGUGAGCGACUGUUCCACCUCGCACGAGAAUCCAAUUGGGGAGAUGUCCUUCAAGAUCCGUAUCUAUUGCUAGAUAUGGUGUAUGAAUCAUGGUAUCUCCGUCUGGACGAGAGUGCGUGGAAGACGAAUAAUUUCUGUCAGAAUAUCGAAAAGGAUGCUUUCAAAGGCUCAAGAGACCUUGACGCUACUUUCCCAGGCCCACCAGUCGUCGAUCUCUACUAUGUCCACACCAUUGCCAAAAAUGCGAUCUUCGUGCUAGAGGCGGUUGAUGCCACGCUUCGGUCGCUCGACGCAGCCAUCGCACAUCACCAGGAGCUAUCAUCUAGCGUCUCUUGCCCACAAAAGAAGAAGAAGAAGAAAAGGAAGAAAGGUUAUCUGGUGGAUGGCAUAUCAAAUACACGGCCCCCGAUAUGGAGAGCCACGCAAGGCAUCCUGUUGCACCGCAGGGAGCUUUUCCAGGCGACCAAAUUGCGCACCAUUAGUGUUGAAAAGCGGCUGACGAACAUCAUAAACCUUGCUUUCAACGUUGAUGCUAUGCGAAACAGCCGCAUAACACAACGCGACAGUUAUAGCUUGAAGGCACUCUCACUGGUUGCCACCGUUUUUCUCCCUAUUUCGACCGUGGCCACAGUAUUUAGCACGCCGUUCUUCGAAGCUUCUGGUCCGUCGACAUCUCCCCAGUCUAGCGAUAUUCAAGGAGGGGAAACCCUUCUUGUCAACCGCAAGUUUUGGCUUCUAUGGGCUAUCUCGAUGCCUAUCAGUGUAGCCUUGAUUUUCGGCUGGUGGUUCUGGGUAAAGGGGGCUCAUACUAUGAGGACAAGGCCGGAAAAAGACGUUGAAAGCGGAUAA